AUGAUCUCGGCAUUUCUGGCAGAAGCUCAGACUUCAGAUGGAGUGAAUCAGAGGUUCCCAACGUGGCUCCUCUUCACGUUGUAUUCGAUCAUCAGCUGCUGUGGAUUGGUCGCAUGGACUGUGAUCUUGAAGUAUGGCAUCGGUUUGAGAGCCCAUGCAACCGAUGAAGAGUUGGGAGGUACACCCCGGUUUGGCAACACCGGACACCCUGAUGUGGAGUCCGAGACGUCAACCGAGUCCAAGUCCAAUGAGAGCAUCUCAGAACACAAGGACACCAAGUCAAGCGGUGCCUUCGUCCGGGAACGCUUAGCCAUCGGGCUACAGAGCCUCUUUUGCCCCAAACCCUUGGUAGCGCCGGUGGCGAUGGCCGCACUGACGCAAAUCACGCAGUGGAGCAUUGCGGCGAACCUGGGUGAGAUUGGCGCCGAGAUGUGUGACCCGCUGGAGUGUGGCGGAACAGAGGGGCGCUUCGUCUUUCGCCUGUCUUUGACGCUCUCCCAGAUCUUGGUUCCACUGGGCUCCCUGGUCUCAUCGGUGGGCGCGUGUCCCCGAUGGCUCUUCUAUUGCAUCUCAUUGCUCCAGUACAUCUCCUGUGGUUUGGUUUGCGCAGCCGCCCUGGGGUUUUGGCGCAGCAUGUGGAUGACCGCAGGAGGUCAAGCUCUUUUCAUUUCAUCCUUCGCUCUUUGUGGUAUGUUGGAGGGUUAUGUGAUUACCAUGACAUAUAGAUAUAUAGGGGAUGCUGAGUCGAUCCCACUUGCUCAGCGGCACAGUGCGGGCGCAUUGCUGAGUAUUGCCUCGGUGAUCCUGGUCUCUGUUGGCUCCCUGAUCCUUGGUGGAGCAGUUGCCAACGGAGACAUCCAAUGUAUAGAUCCAUGA